AUGUUCGUGGCCGCCUAUGGAGUCGUCGGCCUUGACCUACCAGGGAAAUUUCUUUUCGCAAUCUUGACUCUGAUGACACUAAUUGCCAAUCUGGUGUUUAUAGAGGAAGCAGUCUACAUCUACAGGAAAAUCCCCUCCUCCAAAAGAUCAGUCAUAAUUUGGAUUAAUGCCGCAGCUCCAGUGAUUGCUACAACUUCGUGCAUUGGCAUGUGGAUUCCUCGCUCGACGAUGUUUACAGAUUUCACAGCAGCGGUAUUUUUUGCUAUAGUUAUCCACAAGUUCCUGCUGCUGAUGAUUAAGGAGUGUGGAGGUCAAAAGCUGCUUCUCAGGCGGUUUGAAAAUGAUCACUUCAAGAUCAGCACUGGUCCGUGCUGCUGCUGCUGCCUUUGCCUCCCUCGUGUGCGCAUCACUAGGCGAACUCUCUUUUGGCUGAAGCUGGGCACCUUUCAGUUUGCUUUCCUUCGACCCGUGCUCAUGUUUUUAUCAAUAGUGCUUUGGACUAAUGGCAAUUACAGCCCUUACAGUUUAUCUCCCAAAGGAGCUGCAAUAUGGAUUAGCUGCUUCGUUGGUGUCCUCACCAUUAUUGCUCUGUGGCCAGUUGGAAUCAUGUUUCAACAAGUUAGGACUAUCCUUAUCUCUAAGAAGAUUGUCCCAAAAUUUGCUCUUUAUCAGUUUAUCCUCAUUCUGAACCACUUGCAGGCAGCUAUUAUCAGCAUCUUCGCCAUGCGAAGGAUUAUUCCCUGUGCUCCACCACUCUCCUCUUCAGCAAGAGGAACAUAUAUAACGCAGCAGCUCCUCAUCAUGGAAAUGUUUCUGAUAACUGUAAUCUCAAGGAUGGUGUAUCGGAGAAGAUACGAUGACCUAGAGCCUCCGGAGUGUACGGCUGAAGAAGCUGGGGACAACAAGCAGGCUCCUAAGCGGGUUCAGAAGCCCCGGGUCCCCUCUUCCUCAGGAGCUGGAAGCUCGGCUUCAGGAGCUUGUGUAUUCUCACACCACAAAUAG